CCAUUCACACCCGUGUCUGUCACUCUCUGCAAUUUACGGCCGAUCUCCUCUCUCCGGUGGAUCCAAUUCUCUGCCGUGAAAAAUGUCAGGAAAAGGUGCUAAAGGUCUGAUUAUGGGGAAAUCCCCAGCACUCAACAAGGACAAGGACAAGAAGAAGCCUGUUUCUCGUUCCUCUCGUGCUGGUCUCCAGUUCCCAGUUGGCCGCAUCCACCGACUUCUGAAGUCAAGGGUCACAGCAAAUGGAAGAGUUGGAGCAACAGCAGCUGUGUACUCAGCAGCCAUCUUAGAGUAUCUAACAGCAGAAGUAUUGGAGCUGGCCGGUAACGCAAGCAAGGAUCUGAAGGUGAAACGUAUCACACCCAGGCAUUUGCAGCUUGCAAUUAGGGGAGAUGAAGAACUUGACACCCUAAUUAAAGGAACCAUAGCUGGUGGUGGUGUGAUUCCUCACAUUCACAAAUCUCUCAUCAACAAAUCCUCCAAGGACUGAUCAUAUAAUGGGUCCAUGAUUUUUAUUGUUAACUCAAAUCUGGUGAGAGAGCAAGUGCCAAAUGGUGAAAGGCCCCAUAGCCGUGUACAUUUGCAGACAGUCUGCUGGUGGAUAACAUUCUGGUUUGGUAUAACUGUUUCUGAUUAGUAUUUUCUUUGUUUCUAGCUUAGCAAUAUUUCCUAGAUGCAUUGUUCGUAUGGUACUGCAUUAUGAAAGGAAAAAUGGCUGUUUGGCUGUCUUGAUGAUUAGUUCUUUUA